UAUAUAUACACUCCCUUGCGACUGCUUGUCUCUACCGGCAAUCCAAGCGUGUAUGCUACGAGUGACCGUAAUGUUUACACCCAGCCACACGGCGGAGGAUCAGUCCGUCUCUUUUGCCGGAUCAAGGCUCAUACUACCGUGCAUAAGUGUGGGUAACGUGGGGCAGCUGGCCGUGGACCUCCUGAUCAACACCCUACGGCUACCCAGAGCUGGACAUCUCCACCAUCCCUCUCUCCUCCCACUGGCUGGCUCAGGAGCCUACUCCCACACCUCUGGUCUCCUCCACACUGCAGCUGAAGUUUAUCACAGCUCAGAGCUAAAAAUCACCGUUGUUCAGAUGAGGACACCAGUUGCAAAGGUAAACGUAUUCUUCAUACGUUGUGUUAGUGCCUGUUGUCGACUGCAGGGCAGGAGUCGGGAGUUCUGUGAUGCUUUCUUGCAGUGGGUUCAGUCCAGUUCGUUCUCAGACACUGUUCUACUCACCAGCUCUCAUGCUCACGAGAGAAUAGACUCUCAAAUUCAAGGGACUCCACUUCGCUACGUCUUGUCUCCCAGUGUGUCGUCCUCUCUCCACUCACAUCUCUCUGAGGACCUCGACUGGUCUUCUCUGGAACCUCGCAGCAGCAGCAGUAGCAACACCGCUCCUACCACCUCUUGUAUCUCCCACAGAGACAGAUGGCACACCUGGGGUAUUGGACAAAUCUCAACUCUUUUUCCCCGGCUCAGGUCUGGCCAAGAAACUCUAUCUCAAAUGGUCCAGUGAGGGUGUUCCAAUGGUGGUUCUGGUCCUGUUCUCCUACCAGGGAGACAACGUGAAGGAGGCUCUCCAGCUGGCCACCUCUCUUGACUCCUGGCUUCACCUCAGAGACUCCUCUUCAAUCCUGAAAGACAAGAAAGCCUGGCAUCCCCCACCUUCCUGGGACCUGAUGUAUGGUGGACCUUCUCCACACUCGCUGUUCUAGCUACAGAACUAUUUUGUGCUGUAACGUACACACGCGCUUAUUUUAAUUAAUGCCUAAGCGCUCAUGCGCAUAAAUAUUGCUGCGAUUAUAAUGGCGGCUCACGCGCUCGCUCGAACCUACCCGAUUCCCCAAAGUCCGGAAGGCGAAGAGCGUUUCGCCACCCUAGCUCUAGUGAAGAACGUCACCAACUGUACCCAUCUCAGAAGCCAAGCCUCGGCUGGUCUUAUUGAGGCGGCGCUGCUCAACCCCAGGCUGUUAUGCAGCGAGUUUCAUGUCCUGACGGCAGUCAACAAAGCGGUGAUGAAACGAGCUGACAAUCAGAUGAAGACUAAGAACAUCUACUCUGAGGUUAUCUACAAUCUCUCGUCCUCUACUAAUAUAUCAGAUUCAUUCAAGAACUUUGGAAUCAGUGAUGACUGCACCGAUGUGUUGGUGGUUUUACUGAUUUCAGAUCCAGUACGUAACGCCAAGGUGAAUGGUGUCUUGGGAAUAAUAAAUGGAGAAGUCGUGUCACUAGAAAACAUUGCAGAGAUGAAUGAUGCAGAUGCAAUCAAAAAGGUGUACAAGAUAUCCAAAGAAGAGUGUGCCAUUUCAUCUCUGGAGAACUCAGUAGCCACAAGGAUUGCAACUAGAGAUGUCCUGUGAAUUGUAUCACACACACAUUUGAGCACACGGACGUGGUGGUAUAGCUAACACACUAUGAUGUGA